AUGACCAAAAGAAAACUGGAAUCGCAGGAAUACUCACAAAAUGACUCUGACAGUUUACAAAAUUCUCUUUCUGUUACUUUUUCAGCGGAUCAUAGAUCAAAACAGUGCUGCAACUCAACAAAAUGUGAUGAUAAUACGUCAGCUACAGAUUCAGAGCAUUUGGGUACCAUAAGCGACACAUAUUCCUCAAUUUCAAGAAAUAGUACUAAUGACAGCUUAUCUAUGGAGAAUUGUAAUAAGUUGAGUGGAAAAUAUAUUGAGAAGAAGCCAAAUGCCAACGGUGUUGUUAAACAGAUAUAUUAUAUUGAUGAUACUUACAAUACUUCACAAUUACAUACACAACAAGAUGAUUCCCAAAUUUUAAGUUCAAUGUGUGAUCGUCUAACUCCUUCUAGGAGAGCUGACUACAUUCACACAUUGCUCUCUGGACGGGAUAACGACAUCUUGAACAGCUCAAGAGAUACAAUAUCUCCACAUCAAGAUAUAUCCCAAGACUUAAAUGAUUUACAUCAUAGUAGCGGUCCUGAAUAUGAAUCCACAAAAAACAUAUCUGCAAAGUUAGGUGAUGUUACAACUGAGCAGGAAGAAGAAAAUCUAAAUAAUCUUACUAUAGGAAGUUUGGAUAGACAAACUGCUGAUUUUACUGUGAAAAUUAGUUUCAAUGUGCCGCUUGCAGAUAUUGAUAUCGAUUGUUAUGCGAAUGCCAUUAUUGAUUCACAUCAAAAAUCAAUAGCAAAAAUGAAUUACACCAAAAAAGAGAAAAACAACAAUAUACGGGUUGUUGUAAGAACUCAUCCUUCCAAAGAUACCUCUGGAAUUAUAAAGUGUGAAGGGAAUACGAUACAAAUUUUAAAACCAGGUGAUGGAAAAAGUGUUUUCAAGUCACAACAUCCAAAGGUGUAUGAAUAUGAAUUUGAUGCUGUUUUCGGAGAAAAUUCCACUCAAGAUGAUGUUUACAAAGAUACAUGUAAAGAUUUGCUUCCCACGUUAUUUGAGGGGCGUACUGUUACUGUGUUUGCCUAUGGAAGCACAGGUACAGGCAAAACAUUUACAAUGAUGGGAGAUGAUAGCAAUAUGGGUAUUAUUCAGUUAUCAAUUUCUGAUUUGUUCACAAUGAAGCGAAGUUAUCAUAAGGACAUUACAAUACAAUUUUCAUACAUUGAAGUUUACAACGAAAAUAUUUAUGACUUGCUAAACAAUGUGGAUAAAGGUUUAGAGCUCCAAGAGGAUAGUAAUAAAGUUAAUGUUCAAGGCCUCUCUCUUGUUACAGUUGAUGAUGAAGAGUCUGUUCUUCAGCUUAUUGCAAAAGGGAACAGGCAUCGCAAAAUACAUAUGACCAAUGCUAAUAGACAUUCCAGUAGAUCUCACGCAAUUAUUCAGUUUUAUCUUAAUUCGGAUUUUUCAUCGAAAUUAACAUUUAUAGAUUUAGCAGGAUCAGAGAGACUAAAGCUAACAAGUAAUGUUGGUGAUAGACUUAAGGAGGCGUCCUACAUAAACCAAUCACUUUUAGCACUCAUUAAUUGUAUCAAUUCACUAUCUGAAAAGGGAAAUGGUAGAUUAAAGGUAAAAUAUCGCGACAGUAAACUCACACAUUUGCUCAAAAAUUCCCUGUACGGAGAUUCUUUCAUAGUGAUGAUUGCUCUAGUCCAUCCAGAUUUGUGUUUUUUUCACGAUUCAUACAACACACUCAAGUAUGCUUUAAGAGCUAAAAACAUCGAGUUUGUCCCGACUUCAUCAGAUAUAAAGGUCAAUAAGGAGCGUGGAGUCAGGGGAGCACUGAGAGAAAGCCUACACAUCAUUAGGAUACUACGUUCUUUUAUAAGAGAGGAAGAUUGUAAUACUAUAAGGGAUAAUAUUUCCCAAUCAGAUCUUGUUGGUUCUUCAACCUUUGUAGAUUUAUUGACAUAG